CGUAUUUCCGUUGCUCUGACGCUCUCAGAAGCCUGGGGGGUCGGGAAGGAGAGCACGGAUAGCCUGUCUCUGCGCCUCCUGAAGAAAAACGCGAGCGGGGUUCAAGACACUACGCUGCAAAGCGCGGACUGAGCGCUGGAGACCCUCGCCACUGCGCGGGGAAGAGCGCAACGAGAAGCCUGCUAAACGGCGAGAAGGUUGUUCUGUUUGGCGCCAGCCUCGGACCCGUGAUUCCUCCCGGGACCGCUAGAUCGCCGCUUAGAGGAGUCGGGCGCCGACCCCGGGGGCGCCCACGGCCGCACCGCCCCGGCUUAUUUAAGGCGUCUUUCCCUUCCUGCCUCGCCUGGCGGCGUUUCCGCAACAACACGCUCGUCUCCGGGGCUGUCAUUUCUGCGAGUCGGGUGAAAAGGAGGUUUGGAGCACUCCAGGGAGUCGUCGGGGAAGGAUGCCCGGACGUGGGCUGUGCCCCCAAACUGCUCUCCCGCGCUGGCGAGGAAGGGGAUCGGGAUAACGCAGCCCAAACUUUCCUUCGUGGCAACAUCGGGGGAAAAGAACUCUCCUUGAGGCUUGAAGAAAACUGUAGGAAAAGACUACGGGCGCCCGGAGGGGAAGAGGGCAAAACCCGUGCAGGAAAAGAGCGAUCGGAGUUGGGGGUCCACCUUUUCCGAGGACCACUGGAGCAUUAUCUAGAGGGCAGGACCCAUCGCCUUCAUCCAGCCGAGACGAAGGGGGUCUGGAGGGUGCGGCGCCUCCUUUUUCUGCGCCCACCCCGCCCCACGUCCCGGGCAGUGACCAUGACCUCCACGCCACCCUGAUGAGCUGCGCGCUCCCCGUGCGCUUCCUUGCUGCUGAAGAAGAAGAAGGGUCUGACUGAACCCGGCGCGGGCACAGCGACCGGCGGGCAGAGGCCCUGGGGCGCAUGGAGGCGCCGCGAGGGCGGCGCGGUUGGCCAGCGCCGGGAAGGAGCGCGCGCGACGCGUCCAUACCUCCCCUGGGACCCGGCCCGCCACUCUCCCCACUUCCUGCCGCGGGGCUCCCGGCAGCGGGCAGCAGCUUGGCGUCCAGACCCUGCUGAGAGUCGUGCCGGGCCGACUCCUAGGCCACCGGCGCGGGACGGACGCGCGGAGCGGGACAGGUGUAGCGGGUAGUACCGGGGGACGCCCGCCUCGGAAGGACUGCUUUGGGCUCGAGACUGGGCGGGAGUUGGCUGGAAACAGCGGGGAACUCCGGCUCCUUGCGAAGCGGGCCAGUCGGUGCGCCACUUUUUCACCGCCCAGCCAGGGUGGGAAGAUCGCGGGGUAGUCGCGCCAGAGUCUCCGGGAAGGAACCGGGCAACACCCCCGCUUCCCUGCAGCCUUCGCUUCUUUCGCGACCUACUUCACCCACUCCCCAGUACGCCGCCGGGGGUGGAUGAAGUUGCGGCGGAGCUCGGCUCCUGGGCGGCUGCACAGGCCGCUGAUCUGAUGUCUGCUGCCCGCGGCAGGCCCUGUUUCGGCUCCCAAACCUAGGGCAGCUGCGCGCGCGGCCGCCGGCGGCGGCGUCUUCUCCAUGCUUCUCGGAGCGUCCUGGCUGUGCGCGUCCAAGGCGGCCGCAGCUGCUGCGCAGAGCGAGGGCGACGACGAGAGGCCGGGCGAGCGGCGGCGGCGGCGGGCGGCGGUCGCGGCGGGCGAGGAGAUGGACGAGUCAUCGCUGCUGGACCUGCUGGAGUGCUCCGUCUGCCUGGAGCGCCUGGACACCACGGCCAAGGUGCUGCCGUGCCAGCACACUUUCUGCCGCCGUUGCCUGGAGAGCAUCGUGUGCUCGCGCCACGAGCUACGCUGCCCCGAGUGCCGCAUCCUGGUGGGCUGCGGCGUGGACGAGCUGCCUGCCAACAUCCUGUUGGUGCGCCUGCUGGACGGCAUCCGCCAGAGGCCCCGGGCGGGCGGCAGCGGUAGCGGCGCGGGCAGCGGCAGCGGCAGCAGCAGCAACGGCGGGAGCCCGACCGCGCGCCCCUGCCCCGGCGCGGCUCCAGCGCUAGGGGGAGGUGGUGGAGGCGCGGCAGGUAGUGCGCCGGGCUCCCCCGUCUUCUUCCCCGCGGCCGCGGUGGGCACCAGCGCGACAGUGGGCAGUGCCACCGCCAGCCUGCGGGAACUGGCGGCUGCUAGCAGGAGCGCGCCCCUGGCAAAGAACAUUUCCCAACUUCCCUAUGGCAAAGCCCUCUACAGUUAUGAGGGGAAGGAACCCGGUGACCUCAAGUUCAGCAAGGGCGACAUCAUCAUCCUGCGGCGCAAGGUGGACGAGAACUGGUACCACGGAGAGCUCAACGGCAACCACGGCUUCUUCCCCGCCAGCUACAUCCAGUGCAUCCGGCCCUUGCCUCAGGCUCCGCCCCAGGGCAAAGCACUUUAUGACUUUGAGAUAAAGGACAAAGACCAAGACAAAGACUGUCUGACCUUCACCAAGGAUGAAAUUCUGACCGUGAUCAGAAGAGUCGAUGAUAACUGGGCAGAAGGAAUGUUGGGAGACAAGAUUGGAAUUUUCCCUCUCCUGUAUGUGGAGCUCAACGACUCCGCCAAGCAGCUUAUUGAGAUGGACAAGACGUGCUUAGCGGCCGCGGCCGGCUGCGAUGCCUCCUUGCCCUCUGACCCCAGCGCGGCGGCCAGUCCGGCCCCGGGUUCCACUGUCAGCCCCACGGGAGCGGUCAGUGCCUUUCAGAGGCGUAUCGAUGGCAAGAAGAAUGCCAAGAAACGCCACUCCUUCACCGCACUCAGCGUGACGCACAAAUCCUCCCAUGCCUCUAGCAAUCGGCAUUCCAUGGAGAUCAGCGCGCCGGUUCUCAUCAGCUCCAGCGACCCCCGGGCUGCGGCCAGAAUCGGAGACUUGGCCCAUCUGUCCUGCAGCGCCCCCGCCCAGGACUCCUCUUCGGCUGGAUCUGCCACCAUGGCUGUCCCGCGAGCUGGUGCAGCGGCUGGAGAGCAGGGGCCGUCUCCUAAAGUCCAGCUGCCCCUCAACGUGUACUUGGCGCUCUAUGCCUACAAGCCCCAGAAAAACGACGAACUGGAGCUGCGCAAGGGCGAGAUGUACCGCGUCACCGAGAAGUGUCAGGACGGCUGGUUCAAGGGGACAUCCCUGAGGACUGGGGUCUCCGGGGUGUUCCCCGGCAACUACGUGACCCCUGUCUCCAGGGUUCCCAUAGGAGGGACUGGACCAUCCCGGAAUAAUGUCGUUGGGGGGUCUCCCCUGGCCAAAGGGAUGACCACCACGAUCCAGCCAGGCGGUGGAAGUCUGAGCAGCCCAGCCACUGCCACCAGGCCUGCCCUGCCACUGACCACCCCUCAGGCCCACACCCAGCACCAGGCGGCCUCCACACCCAUGGGCAGCUGUCUGCGGCACUCAGCCCAGCCAGCGGCCAGCCAAGCCCGGGGCACCGUCCCAACAGCCACCCACUCCUCAGCUCAGGCCCAGGACCGCCCCACGGCCACCGUGUCGCCCCUGCGCACCCAGAACUCCCCAUCCCGCCUGCCGACCACCAGCCUCAGGCCCCACUCCGUGGUGUCCCCGCAGCAUGUGCACCAACCCCCGAUCCAGAUGGUCGCCGGAGCCCAGUGCCCCCGGCCGGUCAUCCCCCUCACGUCCGCCGCGGCGGCCAUCACGCCUCCCAACGUCAGCGCUGCCAACCUCAACGGGGACAUUGGAGGGGUUCCCAUCAGUGGCCUGUUGACAUCCAGCCCCACCAGCACAGGAUGCAAGCCAGACGAGAAGAAAAAUGAAAAGAAGGAGAAGAAGAGCGGUCUGCUGAAACUUCUAGCAGGGGCAUCUACCAAAAAGAAGUCACGUUCCCCGCCGUCUGUCUCUCCGACCCACGACCCCCAAGUGGUGAUGGACGCCUCCCUCCAGGGCGCGGUGGGACCCGAGAUCUCCUCCCUGUCCAGCCACGGGAGGGCGGGGUCCUGCCCAAUCGAGAGCGAGAUGCAGGGCGCGAUGGGAAUGGAGCCGCUGCACAGGAAGACGGGCUCCUUGGAUCUGAACUUCUCCUUGUCCCCUUCUCGGCAAGCACCUCUGUCCAUGGCUGCUAUCCGCCCCGAGCCCAAGCCGCUGCCCAGAGAGAGGUACCGCGUGGUGGUCUCGUACCCCCCUCAGAGCGAGGCGGAGAUCGAGCUGAAGGAGGGCGACAUCGUCUUUGUGCACAAGAAGCGCGAGGAUGGUUGGUUCAAGGGCACCCUGCAGAGGAACGGCCGCACCGGCCUCUUCCCCGGCAGCUUCGUCGAGAGCUUCUAGGACUCGCCGUCUCCCGGGCGCCCCUCUCUCCGCGGGUCAGGACCUCCCAGGGGACUCCACGGCGCGAGGAGAGGGACCGAAGGGCCACAGCGAGGGCCCCUGCCCCGGCCCCGAGCGGCGAUGCCAGGUCCCUGCGACACGGGUGCCCUGGACCCGGCCCGGGAGGGCGCCGAGGUAGUGCCUUCUGCCCGCGAGCCCCAGCCGAGAGCACACGCUCUGGGGGCGUUCGUCAAUGAGAUGCCAACUCCCUCUGUGUAAAUUGUAAAGAAAAUAUCUUUUAAAAAAGAAGAAGAUGAUGACGAGAGUCGAUUUAUUGCUGUAACUUAUUGCCGAGCUGCAGUGUUCUUGUUUGCUGCCUAUGCAAGAUGGAGCUGAAAGUUGCAGGGGGGUCUGCUGGGAGCACUGGAACCCGACGCCCGGGGCUGGAGGGCUGGGGAUUGGAAGGAGAGAGUUUGGAGGUCUUCACAGGCCUGCCCCAGGGUUCGAGUGGGGCGUCCAAACGCUACGUCACCCUCUCUCCAUAUACCUCAAAAACCUGCCACUGGUCACUCUGCAGGAGUGCUCACGAACGUGCGGUGCUUUUCCAGAAGGGUGCUGGUGGAGGGGCCCCAGGGAGUCCCUCGCAAAGCCGGCCACACGGCUCUUGCUGGGGAUGCCGACCUGAAUCCCAUCUGGCUUUGUCUCCCGCCAAUAUUAUAAGCAACAAUUUUGUUUUUGCCACCACCGUCCCUUUCCAUUGCUUCUUUCUUACAACAUACCUUUUUAAAUGUAAAGCUGUUAGACUUUAUAUAUUUCUAAUAGGUCCUACAUUGCCUAUUUUUUCAUACAUCUGGUGCUGCCUUUUUUGUAAAACUAGUAGUGACUUGGUUGAGCUUGAAAGAAAAAAAAAUGUCUGAGGCGACAUCAGACAGGCAGAAUUUUUAUACUUACCACGUGAAUUUUGGAGAAUGCAGAAAGUCCAUGUCCUCCACAUCAGAAUGCUGGCUAGUGCUCCAUGGGGUAUGAGGGAAUCCAUUUGGAUGGUGGGGGGAGAGCUUGAAAGAGGCCAGUUUCUUUAAACCCUUACCAAAACCCCAUGCUCUGUCUAGACAGUGAUAAUUAUUAUUCAAGAAUUGGAAACAUUUCGAGGAAAGGUCAUUGUAAUUGCCUUUCAUGUGACAGUAAAGAGAACACUGUAGGUCUACCCCAGCCCGGGAAGGCGGAAUUUCCCUUCAGUUACUGCUUCAGAGAGAAGAACUGCAAUUAGCAUUGUCAAAAUAUGGUUUCUUGCUAUACAGAUGUACGGUUUUUGCCAUGAUUCAGAUUCACCACAUUAUGAAGGCUUUUUUCUUCUUCUUCUUCUUUUAAAUAAAUAGAUGCUCCCUUACCGGGCAGUGCAAGCCGUUGUCUCCUGCAGACUUAGAGGCGGAAUAAAGAGGAGCAGACAGAGGAGCUAAUCUAACGGCUCAACACCUAGGGGAGCUGGGAAGGGAGAGAAAGAGGAGGAACGGGCAGCUUUGAUUGUGGAGUCUUCAACUUAGUGGAGUUUGGAGGAAAUGUUUUCAUUAGUAAGACAACUCUCUUCCCACAAAACCUGAAUCGAACAGCCCUGAUGCAAAACAAUUUUAUUCUCACGAGAUUUACACCUUAGGAAUAUUUUUUUUUCAUCAUUUUGAUGUCACAGUUUGUAACCCCUUUCUAUAGAUGUGUUUUCAGAAACCACUCAGACUUAAAUUAGGCUGAAUAAAUUAGUCUUUGGUAACAUAAGGUCUUCCUGGUUUUCAAGGAUGGCACAAAUUCCAGAAACAGAGUCUCUCGCCUGACACGAUGCCUUUGAAACACGAAAUGCUUAUUUUCGGAGUUCCUAUUUUAGGAUGUGACUUGGCUAUUUGUGUCAUGCUUGGAGGAAGGUUCUUUCCUUCAUUCCAAAUGACAAUAGAUUUAAGAAACUAGUUUUGAAACAAAGAAGAAAAAAUCUGGUUUAAGCAUAGGGAGGUGGUUAAUCAAAACCAGCCAGUAUCUAUCUGCCGUUAGGCACCAAACGGGUUGCCUGGCACACACAAAAAUCAUGUGCGUGUUUAAAACCCUAUUGUCACUGAAACCAUGUGUGGGUUAACACGCUGGUGGAUACACUUGUUCUCUGGUGAAGCCAGAAUUAAUUCAAGGCCCCAGAUAAUAAGGAAUUUAAAAAAAAAAAUCUAGGGCAGUUACCACAUAACAGAAGAGACUAAUUAGGACUUUCUUUUCUCUCCCAACCACCACCCAUGUGGUGCUAACUGUUGAAAUGUGGUCAAAAACCUAGUCCCCAUGGGGAGUGGCCACAGCCCAUAAGGGCUCAAACACCCCAGAGUCGAGACUUGGGUUGAGUAGACAAGGUUCCUUCUCAUUGGGUGGGUACUGUCACAGCCUUAGAAAGAGAAAAGAAACCCCAAUUAGCACAACACCAUGGCGGCCUGGCCAGCCAGUGGCAGGAGCAUGCUCCCAUGUGGGGUUCCCUGGGAGGAAACCCCAGGCUGCACAUCCACCCCGCAUCCUUCACCAUGCAUAUUUUAAAACACAAGCAAAUCUUCGUGAAAAUUUGACCCAUGGAGAGGAGCAGGAGCAGCCUCAGCCCCUUUCUUUGGGCCAUCUUAUCUUUAAAGACACACACAUUUGGGCUGUUAAGAUGAAACCAAUGCCUUGUUUGAAGCCUUCGUGUUCAACCUGCCCCAGUAAAUCAUACAUCUUAGUUGUGGAGUAAUAUUUGGUGGUGGAGGAGCACAGCACACAGCCUGUAGCACCAGUGAGCAGAGGCGGGGGAAACCCGGUUCACAGAGGACAGCCCGGGCCACCGGAGGGCUGGGGCCCUUAGAGGCCACGCGGCGAGCCGAGGGAACGGAGGGAGGCAGGGAUGGCUUGCGAGCUCUUCGCAGGGGCCACAGGCAUUCUCCUGGCAGCCUCGUGACAUAAACGCCAGGCGUGCGUGCCGCCAGCUCAGCUGACUGACUGAGAAACUCUUUGUACUUUGCACAGUUCACACACACACACACAAAUGUUUUUGUUACACAUAAAAUGUCAGCGCGUGAUUUUGGAAAAAUUGACAGUGAUGACAAACUAUGAUGCCUGUGUUUCCCAGUCUUUAAAUAAAAAUGCACAUGGAGUGA